UGCUGCUGGGAGGAGGCAUUCCCGACAUUUUCGUCUCUGACGGUCUGACGGAGACACAAUUUCAUUCUCCCACGAUCACCAGUCUUGUGUCGUUGUUUGCUGUCCAAGUUGAACGAGGAAAGGAAGACGUAAGCAAGGAAAUCAUCGGCUCGGGUUUAACCAGAGUUCAGGGGAAGCAGAGCAGACCCUACCCUCCCUUAUAGGCGAGGGAAUAACAACCACUGCUCCAGCCACACCAUUUCUGCCUCCAUCAUGCAGACCUCUGUCCUUCUCCUGCUUUCCUCAAUCCUCCUCCUGUUUCUCCUCAUCCCCACCUGCUCCUCCCAGAGCGAGGCAGACCUCAUCGUUCAGACACGUACCGGUCGUGUCCGUGGCAUCCGCCUGCCGGUGCCCGACCGCAGCUAUGUCACUUCUUUUCUGGGCAUCCCCUUUGCUGAGCCACCCGUAGGGAAGCGCCGUUUCCGUCGUGCUGAGCCCAAGCGUCCAUGGACAGGGGUGUAUGAGGCCAAUGCCUACCCCAAUGCCUGCUACCAGUUUGUGGACACGUCAUUCCCCGGUUUCCAGGGAAGUGAGAUGUGGAACCCCAACAGAGAGAUGAGUGAAGACUGCCUGUACCUCAAUGUAUGGGUGCCCUCCUCACCAAGACCACACAAUCUCACUGUCAUGGUGUGGAUCUACGGUGGAGGAUUCUACAGUGGUUCUUCUUCUCUGGACGUGUAUGAUGGCCGUUACCUAGCUCACAGUGAGACAGUAAUUGUAGUUUCCAUGAACUACCGGAUUGGUGCCUUUGGUUUCCUCGCUCUGCAUGGCUCCUCCGAGGCUCCUGGCAAUGUGGGUCUGCUGGACCAGAGGAUGGCGCUGCAGUGGGUGCAAGACAACAUCCAUUUCUUUGGAGGAAACCCCAAACAGGUGACUAUCUUUGGUGAGAGUGCUGGUGGGGCUUCAGUAGGAUUCCACCUCUUGUCUCCAGAGAGCCGGCCCACCUUCACCAGGGCAAUCCUCCAGAGCGGGGUCCCCAACUGUCCCUGGGCCUCAGUUAGCCCUGCUGAGGCCCGCAGACGGGCCACGCUGCUGGGCAAGCUGGUUGGCUGCAAUGGAGGCAAUGACACCGAGCUGGUGGACUGUCUGCGCGGUAAAACUCCACAGGAGCUCAUCGACCAGGAGUGGCAGGUUCUGCCAUGGUCAGCCCUCUUCCGGUUUUCAUUUGUCCCUGUUGUGGAUGGCGAGGUUCUGCCUGACACUCCCGAGGCCAUGCUCAACUCUGGCAACUUUAAAGACACUCAGAUCCUUCUUGGGGUCAACCAGGAUGAAGGCACAUAUUUCCUGCUGUACGGAGCACCAGGCUUCAGCAAGGACAAUGAAAGCCUCAUUGCCAGAGAGGACUUCUUAGAAGGUGUCAAGCUGAGUGUACCACAUGCUAACGAUAUCGGCCUGGAGGCAGUGGUGCUGCAGUAUACUGACUGGAUGGAUGAAAAUAACGGGCUGAAGAACCGCGAUGCCUUAGACGACAUUGUCGGCGACCAUAACGUCAUAUGCCCACUGGCUCACUUUGCUCGCUCUUAUGCCCAGCACAACUCCCUCAAGGCUAACAUGGGAGGAGCCAGCUCUGGGAUGACGAACAGUGGAGGAAACUCACAAGGAGGUGUCUACCUCUACCUAUUCGACCACCGAGCCUCCAACCUGGCCUGGCCAGAGUGGAUGGGUGUGAUCCACGGCUAUGAGAUUGAGUUUGUCUUUGGCCUUCCACUGGAGAAGAGACUCAACUACACCUUAGAGGAGGAGAAACUGAGCAGACGCAUGAUGAGAUACUGGGCCAACUUUGCACGCACUGGAAAUCCUAAUGUCAACCAUGAUGGACUGGUUGAAAGCAAGAAGCGAUGGCCUCUGUUCACUCUCAGUGAGCAGAAACAUGUUGGACUCAAUACUGAAACACUGAGGAUCCACAAAGGUCUGAGGAACCAGAUGUGUGCUUUCUGGAAUCGCUUCCUGCCACGCCUCCUCAACAUCACUGACAACAUAGAUGAGGCAGAGCGUCAGUGGAAGGUGGAGUUUCACCGCUGGUCCUCCUACAUGAUGCACUGGAAGAGCCAGUUUGACCACUACAGCAAGCAGGAGCGCUGCACUGACCUCUGA